UUAUACUGUAGCUUGUGACUUCCUCAUAAACGUCAUGUGAUUGCCCUGACCGUCACGUGACCAUAGUGCUAACGUCAUGUAGUGCUUUUAUCUUGAAGGGUUAGAAAGUAGAAAGCAUACUGCAGCAUGGAUUGUGAAAGUAUUCCACAGAGCCCUGAGGAAGAUUCUCCAAAGCUAGAUGUAAUUGAUCUGAGCGGCCUCCACAGGAUCACCAGGCAGUUUACAAGAUUGCUGCAAAAAGCAGAAGGGGACGAACUGGACCUUCGGCAAGCUGGUAGACUGUUUGCUGUGGAACAGAAAAGGCGAAUCUAUGACAUCACAAACGUGCUCAAAGGCAUCGGCCUCAUCAUGAAAACAUCCAAGAACAUGGUAAAGUGGAUGCAACACAUUGUUGGCAGUACAAGCACCUCCAGGCACACACAUGGACGUUCCCAUACCUAAAGCAGUACAAAACAGCCCAGCAAAGUAUCAGAUCCAUAUAAAAAGCGUCAUCAGCCCCAUCGAUGUCGUACUUCUUAACAAAAGCUCUGUCAGCGCCAUCCCUCUUGUGCUGUCCUUACCACCGCCUGAUGACAUUUUACAUCGAGCAAAGUUGGUCAUGUCCACAUCAAGCUUAUCAAAACAAACAGUGGACUUUCAAGUGCCUAAGAAAGAAAUUGUGAGUGCUGAUCUAAUAGCAGAGCUCAUUAAAUGUGAAGUUUUGUCUCCCUUCCUUCGUGUCUUUCUGCCCCCAAUUGGAAUUGUGUCUAAUCUGGACGGACGACCUCAGUGAAGUAUUGGGCUGAGUUAUUGACCUUUGACUGUUAUGAUCAGACUCCCAAAGUAUUUUAUGUUGAAUUGUGUACCCAUAUGUUGUUUUAAAUAGUUGUUUAUUUGAUAUAACUAAUAAAGAUUUUCAUAAUAUUGUCUCCACCUCAUCCAAACAAUAAUAAUAAUCAAUAUCAUACAAUAUCAAACAACAAUCAUACAAUUAUUCAUUUCCCUCAGCUUAUCAGAGUCUGAAAUAUUUAAAGUAAUUUAACUACCACUAACAUAUGUUACUGUAAUAAUCAAUUUAUUGAAUAUUAAUAAUAACCCCAAAUAAUGAUUUCCCUUACAAAUCGGGCAUGGUCAUGUUUCUACGAAGGAGCAUCUACUGCCCUCUACUGGCGGUUUGGAAAGCUACACCAAAAAAUAGUCAACCAGGGAGCUGCUUGUUCAUGUCGCUACGGCAACAAGUGUUUGCAUAAGGUUGGGGGUGAUUUGUAUUGGGCUUCCUGGUAUCUCCAACCUACAUCUAAACAAUGCCUCCUAAAAAGAAGGGCUCGGGUAAAAUGUCAGCCAAGGUGAAGUCUGCUGCACUCAUAGAUGGCCUCACCAAGGAGGAGCUGUCCAAGGAACAGAUGAUAGAGCACAUCAUGGUUCUGCGAGAAGAGCUAGACACAGAGCGUGAAGAGAGGAACUACUUUCAGCUCGAGCGGGAUAAGAUCCACUCUUUUUGGGAUGUGACAAAGAAGCAUCUGGAGGAGGCUGUUGCUCAACUUAGAAACAUCGAGAAGAAGAUAGAGGAGGAUGAGGGCCGCCACCUGGUAGAAAUCAAGGUGUAUAAGCAGAAGAUGAAGCACCUGCUGUGUGAGCACCACAACACAACCUCUGAGCUGAAAACAGACAGUCAAACAUCCACUGAGGCGAUGCAAAAAGAACAAGCCCGACUGGAGAGUGAGCUUCGCCGGAAGAUGGCGGCCAUCAGGUUGGACAUACAUGAGCUUGACAUUGAAUACCUCGCUGGCGACCUGGAGCAGGCACACAAUGAAGAAGUUUCUAAAACUAAAAAAAUCUUGGAGAAUCAACGGGCAGAAAUAGAGGCCCAGUACAAGGAAAAGCUGGAGCUGUUGCAACAGGAGAUGGACAACAUGAGGAAGAAGGAAGUGAGCGAGCGAGAGGAUCAGUGGAACAGUCACAUCACCACUGUGACCAGAGACCAUGCCAAAAUAUUUGGCGACGCACUCAUGCUCCUCAAUACAAACGUGGAGCAGGAUUUGAAUCUCACUGAGUCAAUGAAGAAUCAAAUAGAAGACAUGAAGACAAAACAAAAGGAAAAGGAAAAGAAUCUUGCCAGGGUUCUACCAGAAAACAAGCACCUCACUAAGCUUCUAUCAGAGACCAAGGAGAAAAUUGCUGAGGCUGAAAGAAAAAUGAAGAACCCCAUAAGGAAAGAGGUUCUGUUUUGUUUUGUAUGGGCAUGUGAUGUUUCAUAGACGUGUUGUUUCCAGUGGAUUGAUCUUCAGCUUUGAACAGGAGCCCAUUGAAAAGAGGAAAGCAAAAGAGCUGCGUGAUCAGAAACAGAAAUUAGAGCAACUGCAGCAGAACAUUAGCAAGCUUCAGCAGGAGCGAGACCAGCUACACAAGGCCCUCACUCAGAGUGUAGAGAGGUUUCAGCAGGAAGCAGAUGACAA